AUGGCUGUCAGAAACCUGGCUGCGGUACUGCAGGAUCAAGGGAGGUACGAAGAAUCAGAAGUGAUGAGUCGCCGCGCAUUGGAGGGGUACGAGAAAUGUUUUGGAUCGGUCCACCCUGAUACUUUGGUGGCUGUCAACAACCUAGCUCAGGUGCUGCGGGAGCAAGGGAGGUACGAAGAAUCGGAGGCGAUGAAUCGCCGCGCAUUGGAGGGGCGCGAGAAAUGUUUAGGAUCGGACCACCCUGAUACUUUGACGGCUGUCAAUAACCUGGCUGUGGUGCUACGGGAGCAAGGAAGGUACCAAGAAUCGGAGGUGAUGAAUCGCUGCGCAUUGGGUGGGUACGAGAAA